AUGAGCAAACCAUCAACACCUAUAUCAUCACCAAGAAUACUGCAAUCAAAAGAAAAUUUACUACCUAAUAUAACAACUACUUUAGAUAAUAAUCUAACUAAUAACAAUGGUUUACCUUCAAAUCCUAAUAAACGACAUUCAACAGAUAACUAUGAUUCAAUUAACAAAAAACCAUCAACACCUUCACCACCAAAUAAAAAACGAUCAUCAAUUCAAUUUUUAAAAACUCCUGAACAAUCAAAAGAUUCUUCAAUUAAAAGAAAUUCAAUUAAUCUACCUUAUACACCAUCUUAUAAAAGAACAAGUUCUGGUUCUUAUAAAUCACCAGAUGGUAAAAUAAUAUAUCAUAAUAUAAACUCCCCAUAUAAUUCAAAUCAAUUAUUAAAAACUCCAAGACAUUCUUUUAUAGAUAAUGAAGGUAAUAAUAUAUCAGAAGAUGAAGAUGAAAAUGAAGAAAAUGGUAGAAAAUUAAAAUUAUUAAAAACUCCUCAAUAUUUAAAUAGUGCUAAAAAAUUAUUUCAAAAUGAUAUUGGUAGUAAUAAUGAAUUUAGUCCUAAUAGAAAUGAUUUAAAUGAAAUAAGUUCAACUUUAAAAAAUAGAUUAAGUACAGCUUUUGGAAAAUUACAAAAAGAUGAAGCUUUAAAUACUUCAAAAAUUUCAUUUACUGAAUUAUCAUUUGAUUCUCAAACAUCUCCAACUAAAAAAUAUAAUUCUAAUACUAUAUCGAAAAGAAAUAGUUUUACUAAUCAAACAAGUUUAUUAAAUAAAGCAAAUUUAAAUUUACAAACUUUACAACAAUCACCAAUGGGGAAAGCAAACAAUAAUCUUUCAUUAUCUCCAACAUUUGAUCAAAAUUAUAAAUCAACAACAAACCCAACCACUAUAGAAUCAAAUUCAUUUUUAAAAAAUUCUCCAAUAUCAAAAGAAAGAGAUGAAACAUUUGCAAGAUUAAAUGAUAUGCCAUCUCCUGAUGAAGAAAAUAGUGCUCAUAAUGCUUUACUUGCUACAUUAUCAAGACAAAAAAAAUCAAGAUCUUCAUUUAGUAAUGGUAAUGAUCCUUCUACAACAUCAAAUUCAACAAAUUUUCAAAUAGUUAAAUUACCACCAAUAGAUGUUGCUGCUCCAAUAGAUGUAGCUGCUGCAACUUUAAUAUCAUUAUCAUCACCAAGAAGUAUAAGACAACAAAAUAUUAAUCAUACAAGAAAUCAUAGUAUAAAUUCAAAUAAUGGUUAUAGUCAUUCACCAAAUUCAUCAAGAUCUUCACUGGCUCAAAUACCUUCACCAACUUUUAAUAACUCAAAUCAAUUUCAUAAUAAUAUUUCAAAUCAAUCACAAACACAAACACAAACACAAACAUUACCACCAAUAUCAAGAUUAAUUCGACCUGACGGUCAAAAUGACAAAGUAGAAAAUUUUAAAAGAGGUGGGAUUGUAUUUAGUGAUGAAACUGAUGAUGAAAUUGACGAUGAUGAUGCAAUGAAUAGUGUUGAUGAUAAUGAUUCAGAUCGAACUGUUGAUGAAGAUAAAUAA